AAAAGAUUUGCGAAUUGCCAAGUACCUAUACGACAUUUAAUCGCUGUCGGUUUCAUUCCUCGCGCGAGAGAUUCAUGUAGGAGGAUUUUUCUCCGUUCUCGAUUCCAUUCUAAAAGUACGAAAAAACAAGGAAAAAUUUUACGUCACUCGCACCGCUGCGCGAAUUGAUGUAGACUUUGAGAUUAAUGGAGAUUUUUUUUCAAUUAUGGAACGCAAUCUUAAGUACAACCGCAACGAUUAAAGAGGAUUUUUAGCAAAGUUCUUUGGAUUCAUUCGCGUGAAUAUUUAAUAAUAUCUUUGGCAAUUUGCAACAUCCAAACAUGUCUCGGCAGAGAAAAUAUGAGAGGUGGCAUGACGCAGAGAGACGUGUGAUUAGGCGGAUUAGUACAACAAGCGCCAGUUCCAUUAGAAAAAUUUCCUUCAACCAUUGGAUGUGUACGUAUUGAAUCCGUUUUUUUUCUAAAAAUUCGUUUAGCAGCCAACAUAAGACACGGUUCGUGCCGUACGUAAAAUAGUAUAUUAAACCAUUAUAGGCUGUAAGUUCUCUUUCGUAGAAAAAAGUGAACAUUAUGAAACUUAAGGUGUGUGCUGAUUAUAGCUUCAUUGCCAUCGCAUUCUCGUGUCAGGCGGAGAACUGUUGCCACCCUGUAAGUGAAAACAACAAACUAUUUAUCUGUAAAAACUGCAUUUCUACUUUUACACGCGAUUCUAGAUCGCCUGACGAUCUCGAUCGCUUCAUUAUUGUACGUUCUAUCCUAGCCUGUGCAGGAAGACGAACUUACUGUGAGUUCACGUAAAAAGAAUGAAAAGAACAAAAAAUAUAAGAAAAUAUAUUGGACCGUCUUAUCCUAAGGAUAUAGGCGAUCGCAUGGACCUGGGAGAAUGCCCCCAGAUUCACGACUUGGCCCUACGGGCUGACUACGAGGCCGCGCAAAAGAAGAAAGAUCACUUCUAUGACAUUGAUGCUAUGGAACACCUCCAAAACUUCAUCGCCGAUUGCGACCGUCGUACAGAACAAGCCAAACAACGAUUGGCGGAGACACAGGAGGAACUGAGCGCAGAAGUGGCGGCGAAGGCGAACAACGUCCACGUGCUCGCCGAGGAGAUCGGUAAGAAACUAGCCAAGGCCGAACAACUCGGCGAAGAGGGCUUUGUCGAGGAGUCGAUGAAACUAAUGGGCGAGAUCGACGAGCUGCGCAAAAAGAAGAACGAAGCUGAACAGGAGUAUCGAAACAGCAUGCCGGCGUCAAGUUAUCAACAACAGAAACUGAGAGUGUGCGAAGUUUGCAGCGCAUACCUUGGGAUACAUGAUAAUGACAGACGACUGGCGGAUCACUUUGGUGGGAAACUGCAUCUCGGUUUUAUUAAAAUUCGUGAAAAACUCGCUGAACUUCAAAAAACCGUUGAGGAAAGACGUAAGGAGAAACGUGAAUCUCUGCUCGACAGAAGACGGGACAGAGACAGGGAGGACCGCGACAAAGACCGCGAUAGGGACAGGAACCGUGAAGGAUUGGGCUAUAGGGAUCGCGACCGCGAUAGAGAUCGCGACCGCGACCGUGAUCGCGAUCGGAACCGUAACCGUGACCGCGAUCGCGACCGUGACCGUGACCUCGAUCGCGAUCGCGAUCGUGAUCGUGACCGCGAUCGCGAUCGCGAUCGCGAUCGUGAGCGUGAUCGGGACCGGGAACGCAGGGAUAGCGGUAGGAGAAAGUCACGAUCUCGCAGUCGCAGUCGUGGAAGAAGAUCAAAACGUUCCCGUAGUGGUAGUCACAGCCGUCGAUCUCGUUCUCGUCGCAGUGGAUCUAAUGAUCGUAAGAGAUAAAGGACAAAAUGUAUAAGGACUAUGCUCAAUGGUUUCGUUUCCUUCCUCACACGCGCACUUUCAUAUAUGUAAUUUAAUGUAUAACACCAAGUCGCGCGCACGAGACAUUUGCGCCGAAACGUCCGUAGCAAAUGCGAUACUCCAUUUUGACAUAAUCUUUGUACAUUACUUGUCAUCCAAUUGAUAUUUUAACAUAACCUACUAUUUAUGCCGAAUCUAUUUCUAUUGAAAUAUGUCUUACAUUUCUUUUAGAUCUAUUCUAUAUGUAUAAUCUGUUUUGGCUUUUAAAAUAGUUUUAAUUCACUGUAAAUAAUAAUAGCUUAAGUACAACUUGUAUUGGCAGUUGUUAUAUGUUUAUCAUAUUUGAGCAUAUACAAUAAUAAAUAGUGGCAGCGUAUAAAUA